UCCAGAGUCAUGUCUAUGGUUGACACUGCUUCCUUUUUCGUACGUGACGUUACUUCCUCCUCAAAGGCUGAAAUGGAGGAAGCCUGUCCAGAAGUCCCACAGCAUCAUGUUUGGGAAGAGGAGGUUCUGACUGACCAGCUCCUCUGUAACCAAGAUACAACUUCCAGUUUGGUCUUGGAAGAACCACAACCUCCACCAAUGAAAGAGGAACAGCAGGAACUCUGCAUCAGUCAGCAUGCAGGGCAGUUCAUUCUGAAGCAGGAAAAUGUUACUGUCAUGGUGACUUCUUAUGAAAAACCAAACUGUUGUAAACCAGGACCAAACCGGAACACUCACUCGUGUCAGAUUUCUCCUGAAACUAAGGAUCAAGAACAGAUUGUCUGCAGGACUGAAAACUUGGAAUCAACCAGCUAUAGAGAAUUGAAACAAAAUGGAAGAUGUAAACAAACCCGUGUAGACGGUCCAAAAGCAGAAAGGAACAGAGGUGAAAGGCCAUUUUCAUGUAAAAUAUGUAAAAAAUCUUUCAGUUACAAGUAUGUUUUUACUCAUCACAUUAGAACUCACACUGGUGAGAGGCCAUUUUCAUGUAAAUCUUGUGGUAAGUCUUUCACUCACACUAAUGCGUUGACAAAGCAUAUGAGAACUCACACAAGUGAGAAGCCAUUUUCAUGUAAAACAUGUGGUAAAUGUUUCACUCACACUAAUGCUUUGACAAAACAUGUGAGAACUCACACAGGUGAGAGGCCAUAUCUGUGUGAAACCUGUGGUAAAUGUUUCUCUCAGGGCAACAACUUGACUUCCCACAUGAGAACUCACACAGGGGAGAAGCCCUAUGCAUGUGAAACUUGUGGAAAGCGUUUCUCUCAGAGCGGUGACUUGACUUGUCACAUGAGAACUCACACAGGUGAGAAGCCUUACGCUUGUGAAACUUGUGGUAAAUGUUUUGCUCGGCGUAAUCAAUUGCCUAGUCACAUGAGAAUUCACACAGGCGAGAGGCCAUAUUCAUGUAGGACUUGUGGUAAAUGUUUCACUCACAGCCGUGCUUUGACUAAGCACAUGAGAACUCACACCGGUAAGAAGCCAUAUCCAUGUGAAACUUGUGGUAAAUGCUUCUCUCAGCGAAGUAACUUGACUUCUCACAUGAGAAUUCACACAGGUGACAAGCCUUAUUCAUGUGAAACUUGUGGUAAAUGUUUCUCUUGGAAUAGUCACUUGACUUAUCACAUUAGGACUCAACACAGUUGAGAAGCCUUUCCCAUGUUUAAUCUGUGGAAGGAGAGUCCGCCAGACCUCUUUAACUCUUCAUAUGAAAAUGUAUUUUGUAAAAUGUACAGUAUAGGUGAGGUUUUUUUCCCCACAAAUGCUACUGAGCUCUACAGACAAGAACUUGCUCAAUUAAGAUGUGAGUUUAACAUUCUCUGACGUUAGAGAGAAAUAAUCCCUGUCUAGAAGAUUGAGUCUAGUUUUUCAAACAAAAAUGAGAGUUUGGCUGCUUCAGAAUGCAGACCUAUGUCAGAUUCAUUUGUCCUUUACCUUUUCAAGGUCUGUCCAUCUGUUUAAAAGAGGUCACAAUUGUUUGGUUGUUUUUCUACAUGCUCAUCAGAGCAGUCAUUAAGUCAAGAACAAUUGGGGUGGGACCUUUUGCCCCAGUGAGUCUUUACACAUAGUUUUCUGUAACAUGCAUUGUACUAGCUUAGAAAUCUGGACAAACCGUAGCAGUUCUAAAAGAUUUUGCCCUGUAGGUUGGUCUAGUCAUGCUACAGUCAGGCUCAGCUAAGCUUAGGCUGGGCCAUCACGGAAAUCUGGGUUUGUAAUGGUAAGGUGUAAUUCCUGUUUUCACUGUUGCAUUCUGUGUAGCUAUUUGGUCUUUCAAACGUCCUUGAAUUGAUCCGAUUUCUCUGUACUGAGGCAUAUUUGAGUUAUUGUAGUCCAUAAGCACACUAAGACACACAUUGCUGCUGUUUUACCUCACAUUUAGGGAAACUUUUUUGCAUAUUUGUUUUAUUCAUUGUUAAAAGGGUUUGCUCACCUAGUUAUAGUUGCAUAGUUAUAGUUUAUAACCACCUUAAAAAGCAACCUAUUUGAACCUGUCUAUGGUUGUGCAGUGUGUGUGUGUGUGUACAUAAUGUUAAAACUGGUUGUGUAAUUUAAUACUGCUUUUAUAAUAAAAAGUGCUCUACAAAUAAAAU